CACGCAUUUCGUCAGAACAACCGUGGCAAGAAGUUGAAGAACAUAGAUCUAGAUCUAGAACUGAAGUGACUAAGAUUGUUAGGAAAAGAGUACCAGUGAUAGAUAGAUUUGUUGACACCACAGACAAUUUUGCUUAAAACAAAGAGAGCUUUUUCCACGUAUUCAAUUCGCUAAGAGGACAAAACAAAGGAUUACCUGAACAAGUUUAUUCACUAUACAAGACAACGAAAUGGCUGGAAUAAUCAAGAUUCUUCUUCUGACUCUCGCAGUUGCAACAGUAGCAAACUCCGCCCCGUCCCCUACCGUCCCCUCGUGUGGCCAGCCAGCCGAUGUCGUCUUCAUGGUUGACUCCUCCAGCUCCAUCUGGCCCUAUGAUUUCAAAACGUUCGUCCUACCCUUCAUCAAGAACGUGAGCUCUGUCUUCGAUAUCGGCCCCGGACCCCGCCAGACUAGGAUUGGCGCUCUGACCUUUAGUACGGGCGUCAGACUGGAGUUUGAUCUGAAGGAUCACCAGAGCAAGGAGGGUCUUAUGUCUGCCAUCGACGGGAUCGCUUCUCGCGGAGGAUCAACCUAUACCGAUAAGGCUCUGAAAUUCGUGGAUCGCCACAUGUUCACGGCCAAGGCUGGAGCAAGGCCUGACGUCCCCCACAUCAUCAUCGUCCUCACGGACGGCGACUCCUCCAACCACCGACGCACGGUCAGACAGGCCGAGAGGGCUCGCAAUAAUGGCGCCACCAUCUUUGCCGUUGGAGUUGGUGACGUUGAUGACAGAGAGCUGGAACUGAUCGCUAGUUCACCGGCUGAGAGAUUCAAGUUCAAAGUUACCGAAUUUUCUUCCCUGGACAGGAUCAUGGUUGACCUGGCCAUCAAGACAUGUGGAGGUGAGAGCCGAAGCGGGGAGAUCCUAAAUUUAUCUCUAACAACGACUACGACCACCACCACAACAACCCCCACAACCACAACACCAACGACAACAACCACAACACCCACAACAACGACAACUACAACAACAACGGAGGACCCAAUGAAUGAUUGUGGAGGCAAACCUGCCGACAUUUUCUUCGUCGUGGACUCUUCAAGCAGCAUCAGGCAAGUCGAUUUCGAAAAGCGAGUUCUGGGGUUCCUGAGAGAUGUCAUCAAAGGUUUCAGCAUUGGCAAAGACAAAACCCGCGUAGGGGUCAUGACCUUCAGUGACACACCCCGUCUCGUGAUCGGCCUGGAUGAUUACGUCACCAAAAAGUCUCUUUUGGCCGCUGUCACUCCUCGGGUUGUUCGCUACACUCUGGGGAAAACCAACACGGCCGCAGCCAUCCGUGACGUCAGAAAAUAUGGCUUCCACGAGACCGUCAAACGCGGAAGUGACGUUGCGCGCAUCGCUGUCGUCAUCACUGAUGGCAAAUCAUGGGACGAGGUGGAAACGAAGGAGCAGGCUCAGAAGUUGAGAGACACAGGCGUGACGGUCUACGCUAUCGGGGUGGGCAAAGAAGUGAAGGAGGUUGAGCUGGAGAGCAUCGCUAACUCCCCCAUGGAGAAUUUCGUCUUCAGUGUGGACGACUUCGCUGCGUUGUCCGAACUGAGAGGGGCACUGGCUGCCAAGACGUGCGCUGGCGAUGACGAGAUGCCUCUUUCCCAACCUCAAUGUGGGAACGGUCCUAUCGAGAUGACCUUCGCAUUCGACGCAAGCUCCACAAGCAACUCUGGCAAACUCCAGGUGGUGGAGAACAUCGAGUCCAUCUCCAAACGAUUGGCCACCUUGGCCGGUGACGUCAAGAUCGGCGUGUCUUCCGGCCCGUGCCCACCAAGCCUUGACGUGCCCAUGUCUAUUCCGGAAGUCUCCGGUCUGAAGCUCCGACGCGCCAAGAAGCACAUCCGGCCACGUCUGCACUCUAUUGUGAAGGCCUGGAGGAGGGAGCAGAGGAUGAAAGACGCUAAGUUUAACUUGGUGGUCGAAAGCAAGCUGAAAAAUGUCCUGAGUGACUACCCUGUCGAUGACCUCUACGUGGACGAGAGGGUACCCACAAGAGGUCUGGUCCUUCUCCUGAACAGAGAAAAUGUCUCAGAGUUUGAGUACCUUGCAGAGGAGGUUUCGCGUCUGCUUGAGCAUGGUACCCAGGUCUUUGCAGUAAUUGACGAGUCAGUGGGCAAAUACCACGUAGAUAAGUGGGUAGAUCUGUUAGGCCCAUCACGCGUUUUGGGUGGAGUAAGAGGAGACCAUGACUAUUCAGGUCAGGUCAUGGAGUUUAUGUGCGCAUUGUAAAAAUAUGUUUAAAAAAAUUAGCAUCCUUAACAAAUUCUUUAUAAAUAUUGUCUUUUUUUUGCAACUACGUGAUUAAAAUUAUGAGACACUGUUGUCCCAUAUUAAUACCGAUUACAAGUUACAACAACGCUGAUUAAUACCAUAAUGAUAUUUGCCUUCCUUGUACUACACACUAGGCCUACAUGUAAUUUGUCCUGUUCUGGUCUAUUAAAACCAAAAUGAAAACUGUACAGCUGUCUUGGCUAACAGAUACCGGUGCCAUAUUGCAUUAUAUUUCAAAUACAUUGACUCAGUUCUGGUGCUAAAUACGGGUUUUAUUAUGUCUGUUGCAAUAUUAGCAGUUGUAGAGUGACUGAACGCUUUUUGGUGAGUUAGUCUCAGGAAUGUAUGUUGCCAUUGAAUGAGAAUGGUUGGAAGAACAGAAAUUAUCUGUCUGCGCGUUAUUUAUUGAAAGUGAAGUGAAUGACUCCGAAUUCAGUGCUGAGAGAAAAUUUUGCGCACAUGUCUGAUGUAAAUGAAAUGUAUGAAUGAAAAUAUGGAUGGUGAGGAAAUGUAUUCAUAAGCAUGUGCAAUGCAAAGGAUAUUUGAAUGCUAUAUGGAAGGUCGAAUGUUGUUUAAAUGUAACGCUUGAGAGAAGAUUUGGAGUGGUUUUUAUGACUGAAUUAAAAGGAUGAUUUAUUACUCAUGACAAAACGCAGAUGAAUUUGUGACAUUAACUUUGAAUACAUUUUUCAUGCUGGUGAAAUACCCUUUUAAAAAUGAAUCCAUGAUGUCUUUUUACAUAAAUGUCUAUUAAGACAUGUCAAUAUGUCAACGUACUCUCUCAUUUCUGGUCAUUCAGGACAAUGUCCACCCUACCCAGGUGGUUUCUUAUACUACGUGUAAUUCCAAUCACAUAUUUAUGUUCAGACGGACCAAUUGCCUCUGUGCUUUGUAUAAAAGUAUAAGCUUCCUUUUUUAAAAAAUAAUUUCCAUUAAAAAAAUACCCUUGAACUUACUUGAAGAUAUAUCUCCAAGUGCACAAAUAUUUGACACAAACCACUCUUACUGAUACUAGUCAUUUCUCAUAUGUACUAUUUAACUACAAAUGCCAUGAGUGACACUGUCUGUGUAAGUGGUUCACGACUGCUGGCAACGGACCAUGCCAAUAUCACAUCUGCUUUUGUUAGUAAAGGUCUAGUUGAGGUCCCCCUUCUAAAAAAAAAAGGUUUAAAAUCGUCUUUCGCGCAUGACACCCCAGCUACCUCCGUGUUGGCCCCUCAGAGAGUGGAGAGCCCGGAUGUGUGAAGUGGGUCAAGCAAGUUCCUCGUAGAGAUCUCAACUAGACCUUUGCUUCUUCUGAUAUGAACAGACUGUGAUAAGAGACAGUGAACAACAUAUUAUAAUUAUAUGCAAUUUGCUUCAUGCAUGCUGACAUUUUUUUCAUGGAGGACAGAUCUGUUUUAUGAACAACAGACUACGCUACCAUUUGGAGCCAUGCCGUCAUGAAUUGUUACCAAAGUGUCUUUAAUUCCUCUUGUCAAAGAUGUUUAAAGUACAUGUCGUGCACUUCCAUGCCAUUGUGUGGUAACUGUUGCAAUUGUUACCAAAGUUUGCCAUUGACUUUUUAAAUUGUUGCAUUUUUAAUGAGUUUUGCUAUUAUAUCAUUACAAUGCUGAUACUAAGAUUUUACAACAAUAAACCAUAAAAUGAAAA